CUGAAUGUUAGUUCCUUUUACUUUUUUAGCUCAGGCAACGAGUUCGACGAGUUGGUUAGACCCGUUGGAACCAGCGAAGUCGAGGAUGACCUAUUCAGUGGAAAACUUCAGCACGCCUCUUGCGAAAGCCGAGACAGGCCUUCGAUGCCUUACUCAAAUCUCUCAGACACCGAGGAAGAGUCGCUCGCACCGGUGCAGCCUUCGGCUGCUGCACUGUCCACAUCUUCACGGGCUGACAGCCAGAUCAAUCUGUGUGCGGCGUUGAACCUCAAUCAGAUUAUCGAAAACCUGGAAGAGUUUGUAUUCCAUCCGGCGCCAAAUGAUAUAACAAUCAAGUGCAGAAUCACGAGGGACAAGCGCGGUAUCGAUCGUAAUUUUUUUCCGACGUACUUUCUGCACCUGGACAAAGAUGAGAGUAAAAGGAUAUUUUUACUGGCCGGCAGGAAACGAAAAAAAAGCAGAACCUCAAAUUACCUUAUUUCGGUGGAUCCAACAGACCUGAGCAGAAACUGUGUUUCAUACAUGGGCAAGCUGAGGAGCAACGUAUUAGGAACGCAGUUCACUCUUUAUGACAAUGGAAUCAACCCACAUAAAGACGUACUAACAGACGAAGAAACCAGACGAGAAUUAGCAGCUGUCAUAUAUGAUACAAAUGUCCUUGGUUUCAAAGGUCCCCGUAAAAUGACUGUGAUCUUGCCCGCUGUACAUGACUCUAGCGCACUGAAGCGCUGUGGCUUUAAACCGCUGACGGCUCACGAUAGCAUCAUCGAACGCUGGAAAUGCGGGAAAUACGACGACUUAAUUGAGCUUCGUAACAAAUCGCCUAUAUGGAAUGAAGAAACACAGUCAUACAUACUGAACUUCCAUGGUCGCGUUACUCAAGCAUCCGUGAAGAACUUUCAGAUAAUCCAUGAAAAUAACCCUGACUACAUAAUAAUGCAGUUCGGGCGGAUAUCCGAAGAUGUGUUUUCAAUGGAUUAUUCGUAUCCCAUUUGCGCCAUGCAAGCCUUUGGUAUUGCCCUGAGUAGCUUCGACGGAAAACUGGCUUGUGAAUAA